AAUCUAUUGUUAGUAGCUUAAUUUUUUAUCAAACUAAAAAGCGAAUACGAAUCGAUUUUCAUACCCCACAACUUUGCAACGAAUACUUUUUCCGCCAUGUAAAUACCGAUCUAUUGUGUCAUGUUUACACUACAUCUGGUCGAUUAUCUGUCAAAUGUUCAAAUCACAGCAUUUUAUGUGCCGUGUAAUCAGCACUACAGUGUGUGAGCAGACAUAAACAUUUUUUGUUACCUCCAACUUGGUCAAACCAGCAGAACGAGGCACACUUUGCAUUUAGAACACUAAACAAGAAAUACGUUCGUGCUCAGCAUCCAAACAAAGCAACCUGCAAACAUGAGUACAUUCCGUGGUGCCAUCAAGAGACUGAACUGUGAUUCGAAGAUAUCUGCUAUUUUCUUCGACCUUGAUAACACUCUGAUCGCAACCAGGAAAGCCGAUGCAAAGGCAUGCAGCAAGGUGGCCGAUUUGCUUCACCGCGAACAUGGCCUUAGUCGUGAGCUAGCAAGCGAAACCACUACCGACUAUCUGACCGCGUUUCGCCGCUGCCCCGACAACCCGGACAUGGCGCUGGCACAAUGGCGUUCCCAGCUAUGGCAGGACGUACUGCCGGUCACACACAAGCACCUGGCCUCGGAACUGUACGGACGGUGGUUGGAGUGGCGCUAUCGCUAUCUGGCCCUGCCGACGGAAGUGCAAACCAUGCUCCAAACACUUCGGCUCCAGUACCUGCUCGGCAUCAUCACCAACGGUCCGACGGCGGCACAGUGGGAAAAGAUCGACCGGUUGGCGCUGAACAAGUACUUCGAUUGCAUAUUGGUAUCCUCUGACUUACCGUGGGCCAAGCCCGAUCGCAAUAUCUUUUACGCAGCUUGCCACUAUCUAGGUGUCCCGCCCGGCCAGUGUGUGAUGAUCGGUGAUAAGCUCGAGACCGACAUUCAGGAUGUGUAUUUUUGCGUCCUCCUAUAUAAAACCGCUCACGAUCCGUCCUUCUUGGGGGAAGAUCGGGAACCCAUACGAGACACAAAUGAGAAAAGGUACCAUAUAAGCGCACAUCCACAUAUACAGAGUGUAUCUCUUUCUCUUGAUCUUCAUUUAUUUGCACCAAUGCCAUUUUCAUCCAUCCUUGCCCGCAUUUGCCUAGAAAAGAAAGAACAAUCAUCCGCGCGGCAUAUGGGCCCCCGGGGGUGGUGUUGCGCCCCCGCCGCUCACAUUUCCAUUCAAUCCCCCAUUCAUAACCUCACCUUCAUGAACAUGAACAAGCAAGAACAGAGGGAAGAAAAGUGGUGGUUACUUCUUCGCCCAGCACGUCAUUCGAACCGGGAAGAAAAUCAUCAUCCGAACACAUAUGAUCAUCGAGCGCGCCUCUUGGUUCACCGGGGGCAAUUCUUGAAGAAGAAAAAAGAAACAAGCAAGAAAGCGAAAAUGUCAAAUUAAAAUCAAUAACCAAAACGUCGUAAUUGAGUACAUAUAUGCCGUUGACGACAUGCGUCGUGCCCCUCUUCGACCGAUCGGCUUGUGUGUAAGUGCCAAGUGUAUCAGGGAAAGGAGAGCGAGUUGGUAGUAAGCGUCCCAAUGUACGCGCGAUUGUCUCGUGUGCCGAGCUGUAUGACAAAAGAUGAAAACCCAAAUCGAAACUUUCUUUUGUAGUUAAGUAAACACAUUCUCACACAGAUAUGGUAAAACUAAUGGGUUGCCCUAUUGCGCGAACCGCUUAACAAGAGCGCUAACGGUAAGUUGUCCCCUUGUUCCAACAACAUAAUUCCUUUUCAUACUGUUUUUCUUCCAUUGGAACUAUACUGCCAUGUGAGGGCUCUGUUUGGCCCAAAAAAAACCCGUAAAAAAACAUUUAUUUUUCCGUUUAUCUGUGAUGCAAAAAGUAAUGAUAGAAUUCUCCUUUUAAUUUAAAAUAUAUUAUUAUUUCCAUUCGAUCAGUGACAAGUUCAAUCUUAAAAUUUAAUUUAAUAGCAGUGAUUUCAGCAGUGAAAUGAUAAUUGUUUAUCCUUUUCUUUUCGAAUGUCCUAUAAUGUGUACUGCAUCACAUUUUUUCACGCCAAAAGUGUUCACAGUAACGAAGCAAAAAAUUCUACUCAGCAUGAAUGCGAUCAUCCACACACUAAUUCACUAUUGUUUUCCCCCUAAUGUGGUGACAAGCAACAUCGUGACGUCUAAAGCAGGAGUGUUGGUUUGUUGUUAGGGAAUAUACAAAUAUAUGCAUAAGCAAUUCGCGAUUCAUGGUCAAGAGAAUACAUAUCAGAAAAAAAAUAAUUUCCUUCCAGAUCAUGCCAUACCUAUGUCUACCCGAUUUUCUCUAUAUAAUAAUAGCAUUUAAUACCAAACGUUACACUACACACAUUUACCAGUUUAAUUUCAUUCGAUUGAAGCAUUACUUUCCUUCCCAUUCCCGUUCCCGAAAUGACUACCUCCAAUGGUGCGCGCACGAACGAUCAACAAUAUGUCUGAAUUCCGAUUUUUCUGCACACAUUGAAAACAUGAAAACAUUACUACAAACUUACGCACGCCACUUUUGCGCUGAUGAUGAUGGCUCGACCGAACUUCAAAAUUUGCUGGCCGAUAAUGUCGUGUGGGGUGUCCGGACCGCUGGAUGAUGCCACAACAUUUCUUCGAUUCUGGAUGGACGCGUACGACACAAACAUUCGGCUUACAACAACACAACGUUGAUUGGUAAAUAUCUAUUUUGUUUCGAUAAACACAUAUGAUCAAAACCGGCUCCAAUCGGCUGUUAUUGAACAACACAAUCCCGUGCGCUGGGCGGCCCUAACGAAACGAACCGCGUGACACGGGGACGUGUGUGGUCGUGUAUGUAUGAAAUUGUGUGUAUUGGGGACGAUGAUGAUGUUUUGUGUAUGUGCUGCUGCGCGCGCGCUGGUGUGCUGCCGAAUGAUUGCAAUUGUGUGGCGAACUCCGAAACAAAUCACACUCUCCAGGGUGGCAUCGAGGCAAAUCUGGGUGCGACGGUUUGGCUUCCCCUUCCGACGG